CUCGUCUCAUCACUCCAUCCACGAUACACCGACCUGAUACCUGAGCAAACACACCUGACGUUCACCACACAGGCCUUCAUCAUCAUCAUCAUCAUGAAGACUGUUCUGAUUUUCUCCUCCCUCCUCUGUGUGGUUCUGUCGGUCACAGAUGCAAAUGUCCCUGCAGAGGCUGCUCCUGUAAAAGAAGAGGGAAAGUCGGGGUCAGUCCCAGAGGUGGAAGCUGAAAGUGCCGUUGUUGCUGCUGGGAGUUCUGCUGAUCUUCCUCAAGCACGUAUAGGAUUCUGCCUCAAUGGUUGGCAUGCUUUCCGUGGUAACUGCUACCGCCUGGUCAACAACCCCGGCACCUGGAGCAGUGCUGAGGCCUACUGUGCCAAUUUCGAGGGCAGCCUGGCGUCAGCCCACAGCAUCUGGGAAUAUAAUUUCCUCCAACGCCUGGUCAAGACUGGGGAGCACACUUAUGCCUGGAUAGGAGGAUACUUCUUCCUGAAUGACUGGAGGUGGGAAGAUGGAACACAGUUUGACUACCAGAAGUGGGGGUCUGUGGCCUCCACCAGCAGCUACCAAUGCCUAGUAAUUAAUUCUGAAGAGUCCAAGGGCUGGACUAACCAUGGCUGCACCAGACUGUUUCCCUUCGUCUGCCAGCUGAGGGCCAUCUGCUAAGGAAUACGGCGUUCAAACUCCCAUGAGUACAACAUGACUGAACAGAAGGCCGAUCACCAGGAUGACUUGCAACUCCAGUGACACCAUCCACACCUCUGCUACUGAUGCUGCUCAUAAUUGUUAGAUAAUGCAACAUUUGUCCCCUUUACUCUUGUUACCGAUGGACCUAAAUAUAUGCUUACUCCAACACAAGUGCUUCAAACAAUGUGAUGAUCAAAAUGUGUUUUUUAUUUCUUCUAUUUUAAACUUUUACAUAGAAGACAAUGGCUGAAAGAGAAUAUAGGAUAGUUACACACGUUUGUUGUGCUACGUGUACAGUUUAAUGCAAUGUGAGCUGCUGCAAGAAUUACUGUAUAUAAUAAUAAUAAUGAUCAUAUUUCACUCUAAUAAAAUCCAAAAAUGUGUGUGGUA